CCUAACAAAAAACGCCAUGGAAGAGAUCACUUCUUUGAUCUUCCAUGGAAGCAAGUUGGCUAGAGAACUUGAAUCAAAUAUUAACUUCUCAUUGAACUUUGCCAACCAACCCUACCUUCUCACAAAGUCAUGCGAUGAGAUCAUAACGAUCUUCAGUUUCGCCAGGGACUACUUGAAUUCUCAAGGUUCGGGUUCAGGUUCAGGUUUAGGUUUAGGUUCAGCAUGGAAUGGACAAGUGCACGAGGCGCAGGUCUUGGAGAUCGAUGAAUUGGGUCGAAGAGAUAUGGGAGGUUUUAUGAUCCCGCGAGGUGGUGGAGGGACGGUUCAGAGGCUGGAUAUGUCAGAUUCUGGCAGUGGUUCAUCGUCGCAAAGGCUGCGAAGAAGGUGA